UUUGUGAAACAGCACACAUUAAAGCGCAUAGAUUUUUCACUUCCCUCGAAGUACUUUUUUUGUUAAAGCCCAGUCAUAAGAUUUACAACAGAUUAAAUAUGCCAAAAACUUUUAUUUCGAAGUGGUACUACUAACGCUGUGAGCAGGUUCGAUCCAGGGAUUUUCUGGCAGAAAUAUAUGAGCGUUGUGGGAUAAACAGUCAUGGGCGUAGCAUUCAGUUAUAAUUGAAGUCAGCGGUGCUUUCCUGUUGAAAUUACUUGACAUUUCAACUCUGCUGUUUGGGCAAAUAGGGAGUUAUUUCUCCUGCGGACGACUGGACUUGACUCCGGGCUGGUGAGGAAGCUAGCUGUCAGAUAGUAGCCCACUAGCCAGCCAGCCACAUCAGCACCACGUUAGCAUCAAUUGAUUUCAUUAUGGCAGACAGUAUCAUGAGCAAGGCUGCUACCAUGGAGAUCCCCAUUAACAGCAAUGGAGAUACAGGGACUCUGCCAGAGGAUGACAGUCUAGAGCAGGAUUUGCAGCAGGUGAUGGUUUCUGGACCCAAUCUAAAUGAAACCAGCAUUGUCUCGGGAGGUUAUGGAGGAACUGCAGGAGGCAUCAUUCCAACAAGCACCAUCAAAGGGCCUGCAAUUCACUUCAACCCUGAGUAUCUGGACAGAAGACGAGCCCCUGCACCAGGACCAGACAUACGCAUGAAAUCCGGGGGUUUUAACUUGCCUAAAAGCCAGUCUGCAGCCAGUCGACUUGCUCAACACACAGACCGGCAUCCAGGAUCAUCAAACCUUAACACUAGUAGUUCAACUGAAGUUUCUCGUGGAGUGGCAGUGGAGAAAUUGGACAGUGUAAAGAAAUGGGGCAUAAACACAUACAAGUGCACCAAACAGAUGUUUUCAGAGAGGUUUGGCCGAGGCUCGCGAACAGUAGACCUGGAACUGGAGGCUCAGAUUGAUAUGUUAAGAGAAACCAAGAACAAGUAUGAAAACAUCCUAAGACUGGCCACUGCACUCAUCAAUCAUUUUCAAAGCAUGGUGCAGACACAACAGGCUUUAGGAGACACCUUCACUGACCUCAGCCAGAAGUCCCCAGAGUUACAGGAUGAAUUUGGGUACAAUGCAGAAACACAAAAGCUGUUAUGUAAGAAUGGUGAGGCUCUGCUUGGUGCCAUCAACUUCUUUGUGUCCAGUGUCAACACACUGGUCAACAAAACAAUGGAGGAUACUCUGAUGACCAUUAAACAGUAUGAAAAUGCAAGACUUGAGUUUGAUGCCUACCGUUCUGAUCUGGAAGAGCUAAGUUUGGGCCCCAGGGAUGCUGCGGCCAUGGUCCGCAUUGAGAUGGCUCAGCACGAGUACCAGAUCCACAGAGACAAAUACGAACGGCUGCGUAGUGACGUCACCAUCAAGCUCAAAUUCCUGGAGGAAAACAAGGUGAAAGUGAUGCACAAGCAGCUGCUUCUCUUCCACAAUGCUAUCUCAGCUUACUUUGCUGGCAACCAGCAGCAGUUGGAACAAACUUUAAUACAGUUCAAUGUAAAGUUAAAGCCUCCAGGAUCAGAUAAGCCAUCCUGGCUGGAGGAGCAGUAAAGAACACUCAGCGUUCAGCUGUUUUCAUCUGGUCACAACAUGACAUUGUGGUUAGACGGACAAGAGUCAAAUGUACAAAGGUGUGUAGGAUCAGUAGAGGCCAGUGAGAAAGAAAAACAUGAGGAUCACUUUCGUAAGGGUUUUCAGUAUCACUUACUGUAUGUAUUUUACAUAGAUGGAAAAUUAUUUCAUUUCUAUUUACAAUGUUUUUGUUAAGUCACAAAAGACUUAUUACUUUCCUAAUUUUAGGUAGCACAAUCAUUUACAUGUACAGUAUAUCUCUUCUUAUUUAUGUACAGUUUAGUCUACUAUUGUGGAGAUAUCCCUUUGCAGUUUUGCACAUGCAUUAUUUUGUUUUUUUUAUGUUGUAUCUCAGUGUAUAUUACAUGGGAGGAAUUCCACAGAUCACAUUAGCAACUAGCAGGAUAUUGUCAGAAAUAUUAUAAACCAUCUGAAAUUGUAUUUAUUUUUGUGAGUAUGCUUGCCUGAAGCAUAUUCUUGAAGUUUUCUUUACCUGAUUUAAAUCAAAAUCAUUGAGAUGUAACACAAUCAAAGUUGCCCCACAUUGUUUCUGAUAUUGCCUUUUUGGAAUACCUGCCUGAAUGAUCAGUUUACAAUGUACAUAUAUAGACAGGAAAAUAUAUAUCAUGAAUAUAAUGAUUUUCUCUAACCUCAUAUACAAUCCAUAAUUAAUUUGAUCUCCCAAAUUUUACAACUUACUUUCAGAUACGUUUGUAUCCAUCCAGCAUAGCUACAACUGUCUUUUUUUCUUUUUUUUUUAUACUGCAGAGUUUAUACAUGGAAACAAGCCUCAACAACAGAUGUAAGACUUACAGUAUAUGUAACAGCAUUAAUAUACAGUAUAUAGUGAUGCUAAAUACAAGUAUUUGUUAUCAUAAAGAAAUCUAAAUCAAAAUGCAACUCAUAGCCAGUGUAUGAUUAUGUCUGGCUAUGUGUCAAUAGGAUAUGCAACUAAUAAAGAAGUCUUUGAGAGGGUUUGAAGUCUGAAAUUGGUGGGAAUACCGAAUACACACAAUGCCACAUGCAUUCUAGCUGAAAAUACAAUUUUCACCAUCUCUUCAAGGACAGGACAUUUUUUAUUCUUCUUUUGUGGUAUUUAUUUACCUUUUUGUUUGUAACUCAAUGUAUGUUACUUAACAUCUUUUUAAGUUCUUGUCAGCUGAUUCUCUUGUUCUGCAUUUCCAAUAAAGUUUGCUGGAUGUUUUGUUUCAUUCAACUGUGCAAUUGACAUAAUUCUGUCAGUUUGAUAUGGGAAUCCUUCACAGAGUAUGUACAGAAACC